AUGCCAGCCGAAGAUGGACUCAUCGGCGGCUGGCCAGUGAGGUUAGAUUUCGACUUUCAGGGCUGCCGCAGCGUGAACUUUGGCAAGCACAGUUUGGAACUCACACGAUUUGAGGAGGACCCGGUUUCUUUCAGCAGUCAAGCCCCUGUCUACGAAGAUGAGGACUGGAUCUGCAAGCACCAGAAGCUCGGUGGGGCGCUGGCCUUGGCGACCGACUACCUCUGGGAGUGCACACGGAAGCCGCCACUACAUGUUGCGGAGGGCGAGGCCGCAAGCAGUUUUGAACAAAAACGCGCGGCCGGAGUGUCCUAUGACGAAUUCAAGCCGGACGAUCCGUUGGAUAACUUGAUUCUUACGAACGCGCUUAGCCAGAAAGCUUUGAGCAAUGCCAUGCAGAACGGGAAAAAAGGAGUGGGUAGUGCGUUCACCGAGCUGGUGGGUAAUAAAGACCACAGUGCUGCUGGCAGCCCACAGUCCUCCCAGGAGGGGAACAACAAGAGACCUCACAAUGAAACCGCGUUUGCCGUCGAGGACCCAAAUGCUGUUGACCACCAAGCGGCAGCAGAACAAGCGGGUCCGCACCCUGUGCCUGGCCGGACGGUGCAGGAUGUGCUGCCGCUGAUCAAGCUGAAGCAAAUGAAGUUUCGCGGGCCGAACUUUCUCAACAACGGCGAAAGCAACUACCACGAGCUCGUUCCCGGACACGGGGCGUGCGCGCGUCUGCACGUAGAGGACCGCUACUGCGAGAGGAGGGGCGUAGAGGUGUUCAAGCGGUUGUGCACGCGGAGCGACGGCUCGAUGGACGCGGCUGGCGAAGGCACGUGCAGUUACGUCGCGUUGAAGAAGGCUAUGAGAUUUGAAGCGCAAAGCCAGGAGGCGCACGGCUGCAUUCUCGACGAAUCGUUACCGGAGGGCGAGCCCACGGCGGUGAUGGUUAAAACUGGCACGAGGUGGAAGCUGGACGAGGAGGAGGUCGCGGAGAGGGUGAACAAUCUGCAACCGAUAGCGACGGCCGGUGUUGGCGCAGGUGCCUCGAAAACGGGCUAUAAGUCCAUCGGGACGCAGGCGCGUCGGGAGGCCGCAGAAGCCGCCGCAAGGGCGAACGAGGAGGAGGUUCGCGAGCUGCGGAUCGUGCGCGGACCGCGGAUUAUCGCGGGGUAUCGAGACAAAAGCAUGUUCAACUGGAACCGGCGGCAGUGGGAGAGCCAACCGCUUUACUUUCGGACACGGGAUGGUGCACGGAAGCUGGUUUUGACGGUGGGCGACCGGCCGCGCAACCAAGUCGCCGAAAUCAAUCGCGUGGUAGAGAACCUGGAAGAGAACACGGCCAGUGCGAACCGGAACGAUGUGAACUUUGUUUGCGUCCCGGACAAAAGCUUUAUCGGGCGCAAGUCGGACGACGCCAGUAGCGGCAGGACAACCACCACACCGGUUGGAGGUCACGAUCCAGUGGACGCCUCACUCUCACAUACGCCAAAACAGGCGCUGCCCGCACUGCCUUUCAUGACCGCGGGCGAAAACAGUGCACUGCGCGUUUUCAAAGCGCAGGCGACAAAACUUUUUCUCUGAUUGAACUUGAAGUCUAAGUUUUAUCUCACGAACGCGUAUUAAAAAGAGCAAAUGAAGUACAGCGAAAC